CGAGAUUUCCUUUUCGACUGGCCGGGUUGUUUGGCCUCUUUCAGUUUCCGUAGCUGAGAUCUCCCGAGCGAGUGCUUCCGGGUCGCAACCAGAGGUUAACCUCCGCGGUGGUGCCAGCUGAACCAAGUCCCGGAGGUCUUAGUAAGUAGGGGGCUAAUCGGAGCCUCAGCGCCCACCUUUAGUCACCUUCUUCAAUUCCUUGAAGAGCCUGGUGCAGUUUAGCAAGAGGGCCCGGGAUUUUUGCGUCCCCACGGCUCCAUGACUCAGGGACUCCUACCCAGUCUCCCCUCCCAGGAUUUCAAUUCGGUUCGACGAAGUCACGGCUGACUCAGAUGCAGAGAAACUGAGACUUAGAGCACGUCCGGAGGCGCCGUUUCCCAGGCCCCGUCCCUCUCUCUGGGGUCCUUCGAACAGCGCCGAUCGACCAGGUCGAUCCGCAGGUCCCCUGUCUUGAUCCAAGACCCAUACAGACUUUGGCCUCAGCCACAUCCCCCCAGUCACCCUUGCCACGUCUCCCUGACUCUCUGCAGGCUCGGGCGGCAUGGCCCUGUUCCGGUCGGGCCUCCUGGUACUGACGACGCCGUUGGCCUCCCUGGCCCCUCGCCUGGCCCCCAUCCUGACAUCGGCGGCCCGGCUGGUGAAUCACACACUCUACGUCCACCUGCAGCCAGGCCUGAGUCUGGCGGGCCCGGCGCAGCCCCAGUCCAGCUCCGUGCAGGCCACGUUUGAAGUUCUCGAUUUCAUCACCCACUUCUAUGCUGGCGCUGACGUCCACAGGCACCUGGACGUCAGAAUCUUGCUGACUAAUGUUCGAACCAAGAGCACCUCACUCCCUUCCCUGCCCAAUUCGGUACAGAACCUAGCUCACCCGCCAGAAGUGGUGCUCACUGACUUCCAGACCCUGGACGGGAGCCAGUACAACCCGGUCAAACAACAACUAGAGCGUUAUGCCACCAGCUGUUACAGCUGUAGUCCACAACUGGCUUCUGUGCUGCUCUAUCCCGACUAUGGGCCGGGAGAGCUGCCUGUGGAGUCCCUGGAUGUCCUCUUACCCUCCACCAUCAGGCCGUCCUCCCCCGUAGCCAGGUCUCCAAAGCAGCCAGUGCGCGGCUACCGACGUGGGGCUGUGGGUGGCACUUUUGACCGUCUGCACAAUGCCCACAAGGUGUUGCUCAGUGUUUCAUGCAUCCUGGCCCAGGAGCAGCUUGUGGUGGGAGUAGCAGAUAGAGACCUGUUGAAGAGCAAGUUGCUCCCUGAGCUGCUUCAACCCUAUGCAGAACGUGUGGAACAUCUGAGUGAGUUCCUGGUGGACAUCAAGCCUUCCUUGACUUUUGAUAUCAUUCCCCUGCUGGACCCCUAUGGGCCCGCUGGCUCUGACCCCUCCCUGGAGUUCCUGGUGGUCAGCGAGGAGACCUAUCGUGGGGGGAUGGCCGUCAACCGCUUCCGCCUUGAGAAUAACCUGGACGAGCUUGCUUUAUACCAGAUAGAAUUGUUGAAAGAUCUUGGCCACAAGGAAAAUGAAGAGGACAAAGUUAGCUCCUCCAGUUUCCGCCAGCGAAUGCUGGGAACCCUGAUUAGGCCUCCACAUAGACCAGAGCUCCCCCAGGGUCUCUAUGUGAUUGGGCUGACAGGCAUCAGUGGUUCUGGGAAGAGCUCAAUAGCUCAGCGGCUGAAGGGCCUGGGGGCAUUUGUCAUCGACAGUGACCAACUGGGCCACCGGGCCUAUGCCCCUGGUGGUCCUGCCUACCAGCCUGUUGUGGAAGCCUUUGGAACAGAUAUCCUCCAUAAAGAUGGCAUCAUCAACAGGAAGGUCCUAGGCAGCCGGGUGUUUGGGAACAAGAAGCAGAUGAAGAUACUCACGGACAUUGUGUGGCCAGUUAUUGGAAAGAUGGCCCUAGAGGAGAUGGAUCACGCUCUGGCUGAGGGAAAGCAUGUGUGUGUGAUCGAUGCUGCCAUGCUACUUGAAGCUGGCUGGGAGAACAUGGUGCAUGAGGUGUGGACUGUUGUCAUCCCUGAGACAGAGGCCAUACGACGCAUUGUGGAAAGGGAUGGUUUGAGUGAAUCUGCAGCUCAGAGCCGCCUGCAGAGCCAGAUGAAUGGGCAGCAGCUUGUGGACCAGAGUCAUGUGGUGUUGAGCACCUUGUGGGAACCAAGGGUCACCCAGUGCCAGGUGGAGAAAGCCUGGGCCCUUCUUCAGAAACGCAUCUCCAAGACAUUGUCGCCAUGAGACCCUUGACUGACAGAGUUCUCUGUGGGGCCUGACUUGUCUGUGGAGCUGAUGAGAUCCAGCUGUGAGGAGGAAAUGGGCCCUUGAUGUCCACUCAGCUUAGGCUUAGAGGCCUCGGAGAAGGGCUGGACCUGGUGGAAAUAGGAAGCCUACCCAGCAUGUUGGCAUUUGGCCAAGGGUGUGGGCCAUGCAAGAGCAGGCCUCUCUAUAGUGUUUCAUCUCCACUCUUGCUGUGACUGAGACCUGUGCAAACGCUGGGAAAUAACAGAAUUAAAGGUGAUUAUUACCAGGU